AGCCGAAGACACAACAACACAACUGUUCGAGCAGUGCGACAUGUUGAGCAGGAUAAACGUACUCACUGUUCUUCUGCUGUAUUCAACAUGUGCAUGUGCACAGGAAGGUUAUUUUUGGCACAUAACGGACCACCAUUACGACACAACGUACUGGUCUGAAAUGCGGUCCUGUAAUGACGAAGUUCCGGUUCGUGGUAUCUAUGGCGACUACUGGUGUGACUCCCCCUGGCGGCUUGUCAACGACAGCAUCAACGCCAUGGCAAGCAUCAAAGGAAACGUCGACUUCAUCCUCUGGACUGGUGAUAACGUGGCCCACAUCGCGGAUCAAUACACCAAUGAGACUUAUGUCGUGCACAUCCUCAGAAGUAUCACUGACGCCCUGAAGACGGCGUUCCCAGGGGUCAAGGUCUACGCCACGAUGGGGAACCACGACUGGUAUCCUUCCGACCAGUACCCCGUGAUAUCACACUUCCUGUACAACGCCACUGCGGAAUUGUGGGAAGACUGGAUUGGCGAUGCAAGUCAACUUCAAAACUUCCGUAAAGGCGCCUACUACACCGUGAAGACAAUCCAAGGACUGAGGAUUAUAGGGCUUAACACAAACCUGUACUACACGUCGGACAAACUGACCACAGACUUGACUGAUCCUGCUGGUCAGUUCGCCUGGCUUGAGGAGGUCCUUAAGAACGCCAAGGUUGCUGGAGAGAAGGUGUUGAUGACUGCCCACGUCCCUCCCGGCAUCCACGUUCCAGGGAAGGUUCAGUGGUUUUACGACCACUACAACACCCGUUUUCUUGAUAUCAGCCGUACAUACUCAGACAUCAUCGUGGGCAUGUUUUUCGGUCACGACCACUACGACGGAUUCAAACUCUUGCAAAGAAAUGGUGGGAGUCCAGGUGUUCCAAUGUUUAUGGCUCCAUCACUCACACCUUGGCGUUUCAAAAUUACUGACAAAACCGGCGAUCCGCACAACCCAGCCGUCAGACUUGUCAAGUACAACCAGCAGACCGGAGUCCCACUUGACAUCCACCAGUAUUACAUGGACCUGACUGCCAGCAACAGAAACAACGUCUCUGACUGGAAAAUUGCGUACAAAGCCAGCGAAGCCUACGGGCAGUCAGAUCUCUCGGCUGUUUCCGUUGAUAAUAUAAUAAAGGCCUUCAAAACAGACAAAUCUGUUCUUGAUAAGUUUAUCAGACACCGCUCCGUCCUGGCUAAUGGAGAAACGACAGUCAAUGCCUGUGACGAGAAGUGUCGAGCUGAAUUAAACUGUGGUUUCAUCCACAUGACCGAGGAUUCGUUCGAUUCUUGCUACACAGCAAUAGUUGGAGGUUCGGCAAGGUUGUGUUCUUCGUCCUUUCUUAUUGUCAUCUUAGUCACCAUAUGUUGUAUUCUAUAGUAGGAGAAAUGUCUCUUUAAUAUCGAUCUCUGUGUUCAUAAUGUGAGCUUCAUUUCGUGCUUUACUCUUUAUCAUUUUUCGUUCAUUCGUAAAAUAUGUGAACAUUUAACAGAUACUGUUGUAAAAUAAAUCGUCGAUCCAAACACCUGUCAUACUACAUGUCACUAGUGCAAUGGUAAGGAAACACGAUAACCUUCGUUCGCGACCCUUGAACGCUGUGAAUCAUGCAGUCUUCAUCCAGUAGCUUGUGACAUUCGGCAUAACUCAUACGAAUAUUAAUUCAAUUUGACUGAUAAAGGACAGUGGUCAAUUACGUGAGAUCUUACACUUUACAUCCGUGCAAUAGUGACGGAACGUUUGUUUUCACUGUUGUGUUUGUCCCAAUAUUUAUCCCAUAAUAAAUAUAUGUUUUACAA